AUCCAUCAUGGCGGACAAAAACGAAAAUGUUAUUCCUACGUUGGACGUAAAUACAAAUAACAUCGAAUCUAAGAUGGAGACGCUCGCAGAUAACGAUGCAGAAGAAAAUGGUAUCAACAAGGAUUCCAAGGAUUCAAAUCCAUUUAAAACCCCAACAAUUCAAUUUAAAAUGCCCGAAAAACUGCCACUAACAUCCCCAAUAACAAAUUUAGAAAAUGAAAAAGCCCAAAAUGUAAAACAAAUUAAAAAACCUUCAAACCAAGAAUCACCCACCCCAAAUUCCACAAAAGAAAAAGUUAAAACUUCAAAUUCUUCCCCUGCUGAAUCUUUACAGCAGGCACAAGUUGUUUUUCCUUAUAAGGAACCCAGUUGGAGUGGGUUACCGGAGCCAGGUUAUUCGUUCGAAAUAUUAAAGAAUGGGGCAAUUAUAGAAAACAUUGAACUUAAAGAUAAAGCGUUUUAUAUGUUCGGCAGAUUACCAAGUUGUGAUGUUACCAUGGAACAUCCAUCGUUGUCACGAUAUCAUGCUGUCAUUCAGUAUUGCAAGAACCCAGAAUCGUCAGUGUCACAGUCGGGAUGGUAUCUUUAUGAUUUAGACAGUACUCAUGGAACUUGGUUAAAUAAAAACAAAGUUAAACCUAAUGUAUAUCACAGAAUUCGUGUUGGUCAUGUCGUGAAAUUUGGAGGCAGUACUCGAUUACAUAUUUUACAGGGGCCUGAAACUGACCAGGAUGAGGAAUCAGAACUGUCAGUCACAGAAAUCAAGCAACAGAGAGAUCGACAGAAACGUGAAGCGGAAGUAUUAAGAUUAGCCGAUGCUGACGAAUCGAAUCGAUUACAACAAAAGAUGAAUCAAGAUGAAGGAUGUUCGUGGGGCAUGGGUGAGGAGGCUGAAGAGGAAGCAGAAGAAAUUGAAUUAGAUGUGAUUUACCUGAAUAUAUUAUAA